AUGAACACAUCACCGGCAACCUCUCAACGUGCUCCAUGGCGUGAUAUACUUGACUCACAUCUCCAACAAACACAAGGAUAUGAGUUCACAAUUGCAACUAUCGGCUAUGAUGCUCGUAACCGUCCCGUGCCUCGUCUGCGCACCUGUGGUUGCCGCGGCUUCUUCCCGGAACUUGAGCUUCACCCUAAAGGCCAGGAAGCCAUGGACGAGCAAGUUGAAGGGCUUCCUCAGCUGGAGUCUUCGGGAAAUGCUAUUGAGGCGGUCUUCUGGUUAAAGGAUCUGAUGACCCAAUGGCGCAUUAAGGGAACCGCAUAUGCAAUUGGAGAUCCCACUAGCAAUGUUACAGAGAGUGAGAAGGCGUCCCGAGAGGAGAUCAAGAAAGGCUUGCGGGUGAAAGGUCAUAAUGAUGGUGAUAUUGCGAAUUGGACGUGGGACAAAGCUGUCACCAAGUACUUUGCAAAUCAUUCACCGGUUGCGAGAGGUUCUUUUCGAAACCCCCAGCCCGGGAUGCCUAGAUCCCAGAGUCCCGGCAAUCCAGCUCUGCGCCUUGGCCAGAAAGUCACAGAUCUUCAUGACCACGUUUCCCGGAAUAACUUCAGGGUUGUGGUGAUUUACCCAAAGGAGGUUGAGCGCUUGGAUCUGACAGAUCAAGAGGACGGGAAGAGAUGGAAAUGGAUACUGGGAGAGGGAGGUGCAAAUGGCUCGCUUGAUAUUCAAUGGAACGAGACUGAGGUUUGGCCAUGA